AUGGCCAAGGCACAUGCCACCAAUGCGGACGUGAAGAAGGCUUUGGAUGAGUUCGAGAUUCCAGCCGAUGGCGAAGAUUUCAUGAUCCAAUUGCCUCGCAAGAUUGUGCAGUUGCUCAGCGCUGCCGGUGGAAAGCUCCAGGCCCAGGUCGAGGCUUACAGGGCGGACCACAGCGAGUCUGAAGUCGAGGCCUAUGCCAAGAGCCUGGAGGAGGAAUGGGUGAAGACUGCGGACGACAUCUCCAAAACGUACCUUGAGGCGCAAGACGCGAUUGAGACCGAUGUGGCGAAGAUGAAGAAGUUCUUCGGAUCCCAGAAGAACAUGGCAGGCAAGACCAAGGCUGACGUGCUGAAGGAGAUUUGGAAGUUGCUGCCCAAGUAUUCCGACGCACCAGUGGAGCCUUUGGAUGAGGAGAUGCUCAGCGAGUUGGCCAAGGUGCCAGCAGUCAUCGAAGGUGAGUUCAAGCACAAUUGGGGUACCGCAGAGACCCUCUACAAGUCAGAGGCCAUUGAUUCCUUUGGCAGCAAGUACUUGUUGGGCAUUUUUGAGAAGGAAGAAGAUGCUAAGAAGGCCUUCGAUGUUUGGAACAAGGAGUAUGAGCAGGCAGGCAAAGAUGUGAAGGAGAACCUCAAGAGCUGGGCCAAAGGCCAGGAGGCGGAAUUGGCGGAGGAGCAGGAUUCGGUGGACCGCAUCCGAAAGGCUCUUGAGGAAGCGCAACGUUGA